UCCCUUACGUCAUUGUUGCGGAAGUGAAAAGUCUACGUGGGAAAGAAAGGUUGGUGUGACCGUGUUUGAAUACCAGCAGCACCGAUGUCCAAUCCAGAUUAGCUCCGUCCCCCCUGUCGAACCAGUCCUCCUCUCCGCCCCCUGUUAGGCAAAUGGACGCGUAGAGCAGCGGCCGGGGCGUAUAAAUGGGACGGAGAGCCGACGACAGCCUGUAAUGCUGCGCCGGGCGCGGCAGUCUCUCCGGCAGGUGCUGUUUCUGAUGGCCCGGAGACCGGGGCUUCUCUGCGGGGCUAUCGUGCUCGGAGUCCUGCUCAUACUGGCCGUCAAGUUCACAUGCAGCUGCGCUAAGAAUGUGGUGGCAGCAGCUCGGCCUCCGGUGCGGUUCUUCUCUGCCGAGGCCCCGAUAGUGGAUCUCUACUUGGGUCAGCUAGACCAGGUGGAGCGUCUCAGGAGUGUGGCGGAGGUGUCUCUGAUCUUCUUCUAUGCACCGUGGUGCGCUCACUCGAUGGCUGCCCGGCAGGAAGUGCAGCAGGUGGCUAAGAAGCUCGCCAAACAGGUGCAGUUUGUGGCUGUGAACUGCUGGUGGAAUCAUGGGAAAUGUAGGAAGCAAAACCGCUUCUAUCAGUACCCGAUCAUCCAUCUGUUUUAUAGAAGGUUCGGGCCUAUAGAGUACAAGGGUCCAUAUGUAGCUCCAUACGUGGAAAGUUUUAUCCUCAGAGUCAUCACACCGCUCACGUACCUCCCAUCAAGAGCGACACUCAAAGAGUUCCUCUCCUAUCACGAGCCUCGAGUGGUGGGUUUCUUCCAGUUUAACUCCUCUCCUCAGCCGCCGGGGUACAUCACAUAUCUGUCCUCUGCCCUGCAGGCCCUGAAAAGGGAUUUCCGUGGUGUUGUACGUUUCGGUGUUGUUACCAACAAACAGGUGGCAGAGGCCAUCUCACUAAAAGAAGAUGAAACAGUUUAUCUUUACAGAAGAUUUAACUCCUCUUUGAUUUUCCCUCGAAGGGAACGCAACUUCACAUCAGAGGCCAUAUGUAGCUGGGUGUUUGAACACCACGAGACCGUCCUCCAGUGGCUGCAGCCUCCAGGGACAAAGUCCCGUCUCCUGGAACAUGAGCUGAGUAAAGGUCCGGCACUGCUGCUGUUCCUUCCGCACAAUCCACUCGGGACCAAACCAAAUCCAAUUCUACAGCAGGUUGCAGACAUUGCUGUGCGUUAUCAUUCCUGUGCCAACAAUAACCGCUCCAGCACGGACAAAGGUUUCACCUCCCACUUGCGGUGCUGCCAGUCAGUUCUUCUCCCAGAGUCGGGUACGAGUGUGUGUGAGGUGUGCCUCAGUUUGUCACACUUGAGCCUGACCAGCUCCUCUGUACGCUGCUCUUUCUCCUCCACCGCUCAAGGAGGAGAGGUUUUGCACCAACUACCUGCUGUGUCCAUAAAAACCACAACCUCAGUGGGCUGUUGCAACUUUCUGAGCAGCUACAGCCCAUUCAGUCAAUACAGUGCCUGCUGCCGAGAAGUAGAACCUCAACUCAAUGAAUCACAAGCCAAAGAGGAGCCAGACAUGCAAAGAGCUCCCCUUACACCUCCGUCUUCCUCCAUCACUCCACCCUCUGCCCCUCAGCAGGGAGGAGAUGGCAUCACAGGGCUCCGGUGUCAGACCAACAGGACGCUCAGGUUUUACGUGCUGGAUGUUGCUCUGACCUGGCCUCUGGCGGUGCGGCUCGGAGCACCGAGCAACAGAAGUGCUUUUCUUCACCAGGAGGCUGGUGCACAAGGCGAUGGGACUUUUGCAGCUAUUGUGAACCUGAAGGAUGAGGUUCACUAUGUUCUCCAGCGCAGCCCAGCAGCCACGCUGACAGAGUCUCUGGAGGCCUUCAUCAGGAACUUCAGUGCUCCGUACAGCCUCUUGCAGAGACAUUUGGUGGGAGAAGAAGACCGUAAAGGAGGAGAGGAGAAAAGCAGGCAUCCAGACGAACACAAGCACUCGUCUCCACGCCGCCUCAUCACAGAACUGACCACUUCCUCCUUCCUGCCUGUAGUCAUGGACCUCCAAAAGGAUGUGCUGCUGUUCUAUUACACUCAGUGGUGUGGAUUCUGCUCUGUUCUCAACCACAUCAUCAUCCAGCUGGCCAGGUUAUUACAGGGAAACAGCACCAUCACCGUGGCCAGGGUGAAUGUUGCUCGUAAUGAUCUUCCGUGGGAGUUCAUGGUGGAUCACGUUCCCUCCAUUCUUCUCUUUCCUAAAUACAGAAAACAUUUUAGUGUGAAGUUUCCUGACAACCUGCCCAUUACGUUAUCCAACCUCCUUCACUUCAUCCUGCAGCACUCUGGCUCUGUACAAUAUGCAGACAACACAGCUUCGAGCCAGGCAGAGGGUUCGGGACCCAGUACCCUCCUCCGCGCAGAGUUUGUGGCACUACAGCGAGAGGUUCAAGCGCUGCGUCAGGCCCGCGAACGUCUCUCCCAGCAGCUGGCGCAGCUGUGGCGCGACAACCGACGGCUGACAUUUGACGCUCUCAGCUUAGAAGCCCAGAACACGGAGCUGCAGCGGGAAAGGCAAAGCUUAGAGGAACAGCACCGGGAGAAAAGCCAGCAGCUCGGGGAGGCGGUGAGGCAGCUGCAGGAGCUGGCAGACACCUCUGAAAACCUGCUGAACGAGAACACGCUGCUCGAGGUCCUGCUGAGUGCGCUGAAGGACAGGACGGGGGCUAAAGAGCAGGCAGAGGUGGAGAGAGAAGAGGAAGAACCGAAAAGAAGCCACAUGGCCUCCUGAACACAAGUCUGCAGGGAAGCCUGAGAGCGACGCAGAGAAAAGGAAGAAAAGAAAGAGGGCCGAGGAACGAAGGGAGGACUGAAAAGGAUGAGAAGAAAGACGUGAUUAGACCUGAGAUGUGGUGAAGACAGGAGGGAGCUUUGAGCCGAAUGAAGCCUGAAUGAGGAAGUCAUGUAAAACCCGAGGGGCAACGUGACCUGAUCAUUUCUGUGAUGGAAAAAGACGAAUGAAGAAGAAAUGACAGCUCAGAUCUGUCAGAAGAAAAACUAAGACUGCUGCUAAGUCAGAACAGAAGUAAGGAAACACUUACAGGGAAACUUCUGUAUUUUUCAACCUGGACCUUAUUUCCUAUGUUUUUGUGAUUAAUGAGGACAACAUCUUUUGAAGCUGCUCCAGUAGUGAACGAGAGCUGCUGCGAAACGGGCUGCAAUGUAAUCACUCGGCACGUCCCCUAAAAGUGCUUGUUUUUGGUGCUGACAGACUCGGAUUGUUAUAAGUGUCUGACAACAUUAUAUUAAAAGGACAACACUAAGAAAUAAAACCUUUUUCUUUAA